UUCCCUGUGCUCCUGGUGUAGCGCUGAGUUUUUCUUUCACUAGUGAGGCUCCCUCCCUCCCCUCCUCGCCUCGCUCCGCCUGGGAAAGUGGGUUAGGAAGGGAGCUGAGUGCUCAGAGACUGCACAGGCACUCACUGGAGCAGGAGCAUCCACACGCGCAGGGGAAGAACACAGGCCUCUUGUUUCUCUCUUUUUUUAACCUCCCCUCCGUCUCUCCAGACGGGUUUGAUUCUUUUGCAAGCUGGUUUUUCUCUUGCUUGGUUGCCACCCACCUCUCCCUGCACACACAUUCACACACACACACAUUCAUUUCCCCUUUUUGGAGGGUUUUUCACUAAGACUUUUUUUCGAAGAGGUUUUUUUGGGGUUUUUUUUAAAGCCAGCAAGAGACUGAGCAGAACAAGAGAAAGUGACAGCUCAGAGGGACCGUGAGCUCUCCUCUUCCUUGGGCUUUCAAUCAGAGACAGAGUUGCACGUUAUUGUUAUUGUUGUUGUGCCUUUUCUUUUUUUUAAUUUACAUCCAUCUGUCUAUCCACAUCCACACUCACACACGCACAGAGAAGAAGUCCAUACAUUGAAACUCAACGAGAACAGCCAUGGUAGGAAGGGCACAGCCUGAUCGGAAACAAUUACCGCUGGUCCUACUGAGAUUGCUUUGCCUUCUCCCUACAGGGCUGCCAGUCCGCAGCGUGGAUUAUACCCGAGGCACUGAUAACAUCACCGUGAGGCAGGGGGAUACAGCCAUCCUCAGGUGUUAUAUAGAAGACAGAAGCUCCAAGGUGGCUUGGUUAAACCGUUCUGGUAUCAUCUUUGCUGGAACAGACAAGUGGUCCCUGGACCCUCGAGUGGAGCUGGAGAGACAAACCCCCCUGGAAUACAGCCUCCGGAUCCAGAAAGUGGAUGUCUACGAUGAGGGGUCCUAUACAUGCUCAGUGCAGACACAGCAUCAACCCAAGACUUCCCAGGUUUACUUGAUUGUGCAAGUUCCACCAAAGAUCUCCAACAUUUCCUCGGAUAUCACCGUGAAUGAGGGCAGCAAUGUGACCCUGGUGUGCAUGGCAAAUGGGAGACCUGAGCCUGUCAUCACCUGGAGACACCUCACCCCAACAGGCAAAGAAUUUGAAGGUGAGGAAGAGUACCUGGAGAUACUCGGGAUCACGCGGGAGCAGUCGGGCAAGUACGAAUGCAAAGCUGCCAAUGAGGUCUCUUCCGCAGAUGUCAAGCAAGUCCGGGUCAUUGUGAACUACCCCCCGACCAUCACAGAAUCCAAGAGCAAUGAAGCUGCUACAGGACGGCAAGUCUCACUCAAGUGUGAGGCAUCAGCAGUGCCUACGCCUGACUUUGAGUGGUACCGAGAAGAUACUAGGAUAAACAGUGCCAAUGGCCUGGAGAUCAAGAGCACAGGGACCGAGUCCUCUCUGACAGUGGCCAAUGUCACUGAAGAACACUAUGGCAACUAUACCUGCGUGGCUGUCAACAAGCUGGGAGUAACAAACGCCAGCCUAUACCUUUACAAGCGAGUUUUACCCACACUCCCCAACCCUUUUCCAGAAAGGGAUGUCCUUGAAGCUACAGGACCAGUGUCAUACAAGACCAAGACUUCAGAUACUGAGAUACUCUGCAGACAUAUUGACCAGAUGUAAGAUCAAAUUCCAGAUGAUCUGCCAUCUACAGCUCCAUAAGACACUGUACUGCCAGCAGGACCGGUUCUUACAAGGCCCUUAGCUAUUGUCCUAGACCCAUCAAAUCUUCCAGCUGCCAAAGUGACUCGAGAAGAACCAAAAUGGCUUGCUGCCAUCUCCAAUGAAAUUGCAGGAUGACUCCAAACCCUGCACUGAGUCACCUAAGGCAAGACACCAUCUGGCUCAAGUACUUUAAGUCAAAGGCCUAUGUAAUCUAGGGGGAAUGGUGUCAUGCACUGAGUGUUAUGUGUGUGGGGGCACUCCUGCCAGGAGGUGUAGUCAUUCUAUGCUGUGUUUGUUAUCUGCUUCUGCUUUCUGUUAUGCUUGAAGAGCAUUCGGUUAAGCUUUUUGUGGUCUUCAGUAAGAACUGUGGCCCUGGUCCUCCCUGUCUGAUCUCACUGGAACAAAGAAACCCCACAAACACACAAAACUGUGAGCUACUGCUGGUCUGGGCCGAGGUGCAUUGGCAAGAGUUGUGAGCAUAGGAUAGAUCUGGAAAAGUAAGGGUGGGGGCUUAAAGGUCAGAACUGAAGAGUGUUAGCAAAGCUGGGGCGAGUGGGAGAUCAGAUCUAUAAGGCAGGUGGUGCUGCAACUCACAAGUGAGGGGCACUCACAGGGCUGUGUGACGAUCCAGGUAUGGGAAUAGCAGGGGAUGUCAGGGCAUUAGUGAAGGACACCAGCAGAGCUACACACAUCAUUUUUUCUGCCAUCCCUGGACUUAAUGGUGCCAGGUCUCCAUUUGCAUGUACAGCAUAAAAAUGUGCAUAAAAAUCUUAUCCCCCCCACCACCACCACAUGCAUACGUAUGCACACUUUCCCACCAACACAUAAAAGUUAAGAAUUAAUAAAACGGAGACAAGAAAAACCCUGGCAAGUGCAAUCACUGUUUUCAUUAACAUUUUAAGUGGUUAUUUUUAAUGGUACAUUUAACUAACGCUAACUUAUCCAUGAGCAGAAAAUUUGGCUGUUAACACUGGCAUCUGCUUAACAAACUGAAGCUCUGCAUUUGGUGAGGCGUGAGUGUAACACCAAUAAUAUUACUUGCUAACAGCAGACUCAUUAGCAUUAAUUGCUGCAUUUACUACCACGUAGAGCAUCCUGUAUCUAUAACAACAUUUAUUAGAUAUAGCCCAUUCUCAUUGGAAAAAGUGCAUAGGAAACAAUGAUCAUUGAUGCAGUUUCGCCAGGAAACGAGGACAUAAAUUGGUCACAUUCAUUUUAAUCUAAGUCAUUCAGAGGAAAGAAGAAGGUGACAAGGUAACUGAUGGCAUUUUGUCCUUGACCUCUUAUUACUAGAACAGUUAGGUCAACUGUAGCUCUGAUGCAACUAAAAAUGAAGUAUAUGUUACAACCAGGGACCACCAGAAAAUCUGCCUAUGGGGUCCAUGACAAUCAAUUCACAAUUCAAGAAAGACUGGAGUUUUUGUGCAGAAAGGGCUUUGUCAGAAAAGUUACGGUGCAGCUCAGAAGUAGGGGGCACUGGCAGAGCUGUGUGUGGAGAAGCUUCUACUGCCUGGGUGAGCUUAUCCUAGAAAUUCCUGCCAGCAUACCUCAUUCCCCUCCAAAAAGUGCCACGUUGUGUGCCCAGACCAUUGCUGCUUUGCCAAACUUGCUUUCAUGAGCGCAGCUGUCCGAAGUCACCUAUUCCACCUAUUCCAAAAAUGCUUUCUAAGAGACCGUUAUUAGACAAGUAAAUCAGUACCAUUUCCAUUGGCGAUUUCCUGCAGGUGGCAAAGCUAAUCAAGAUUCCUCAAUCCUGAGAUCAGAUACUAGGUGGGUAGAAACCAGCAUGGUGUUCCUGCCAUCAAAGAAACUGCACCUAUUUACUCCAGGAUCUGGCCCCUUGUUGUAAACUUAUUGAGCCUGAGCCAUGAGCCAUUGAGGUGUUACUUCAGUUUAUUUCCUUUGUAUCUCCAUGCCAGAUGGGAAUAAAAUAAAGUGGCCUGGAAGUGAACUGUGCCCUUUGUUUUUCACACCUUCUCUAGGCAGUGCCAACAAAACUUGAUCAGGAUUUUCUAAUAAAAUGGGUUUUUAUCCCAGAAAAAU